AUGACUUCUCAGCCUCCUGGCAGUGGUUCCUGGAGGCUGCAAGAAAAUACAACCUCUCCAAACGUUGCCGCACCAGGAUAUCGCCCAAACAUCAGUUCCUCGUCCAAUCUGAGUCCUACUCAAAAUGUCAGCUCUGGCCUGAUGUAUUCGACAAUGCAGCCUCCCCCUGGUCCUAGCUCCAACAACCCACCGCCCACGACUUUGAGGAAGCGCCAGUUUCGUUUUUCUGUCAGAGCAGAUAUCGAAUUGCUGAAGCUCGUACACGCUGAGAAUCCGUACGCUGCCGCUCAUGGAAGUAGGCUCCAGAAAUGGCAGGCUAUAGCCAAUACCCUUCGUUCGUCAAGUAUCGAAAUUGACUUUCGCCGUGCUAGAGAUCGAACUGGUCUUUUGCUGGAACAAUGGAGAGAUAAAGACUUGUCUCUCUUGCGACGAAGCGGAUCUGGGAAUCAGGAGGAUCAGGCCGAAAAGGAAACUCUCCUCGAGCAAAUAUCCCGAAUCGAACAAGCGACCAGGCCUCGUGACAACGACUGGAGAUCGCGUGAGCAAAUGCGUCAACGCAAUCAGCUAGGAGCUGCCGCAUGUCAACUGCCUGGUCCUCACCAGGACAACCCGUCCGAACCGCACCCUUCAUUAAAUGUCAUGACAGGGGUACUUGACCACAGAGCUAACAAGUUGAACAACUACGCAUCCGGCCCCAGUCCGCAGUUGCCGCCGAUAGUCCAAAAGCGAGAUCAUCAUUCUAUGUCUCAAGGACGAUCAGAUGCUGAUCCGCAGACAAUUCAAUACGGUUCUCAUCAGGUUUCCUCGGAAAAGCAUUUCAAAACCAAUCAAGGCAGGGCAGCAAUAAGUUCUACUUUCACUCAGCCUUUGUUUGGCAACCCGCCCUCUCCCCCCCAGGUCAAUCCUUUGCAGUCACAGAGUGUGGAUCGCAGAAGCCCUCCUGGCGGUGAUUUGUCCCCCUAUCCCAAUCGCCUUCCUAUUUUAAGGCAACCGAAUCGAGGGUCUUGUGCUCUUGGCAAUCCCCAUGCAAUUGCCACAGCAGCUCUUGAGGUAAAUCCUAUUCGUCAGGUGACGACUUCACCUCGCGUACGGGAGGGGCAGGUAACUCCUCUGGACCGGAGCCAUGAUAUUGCGCCGAGAAAUGACGGUCUGAAAGGCGAUUUUACACAUCUCCUCGAUCGAGUUACAAAUGUUGAGCGGCGACUUGAUGACUUUUGCGCAUUCAGUGAGCGGCGACUUGAUGACCUUUGCACAUUCAGUGAGAAGCUUCUCGAAGUGGAAGAACGUCGCUUUCAGUGGGAGAAAGAGUGCGAAGCUAGGCGUCGUCAGAUGGAAGAAGAGAGACGUGCACGGGAGAUCGAGGAAAAGACAACUGAAAGGGAAGAACGACGCCGCAAAGAUGCCAAGGAUCAAGAAGAUCACAGGCGUCUACUAGAAUUGAUCGUGAGGUCUCGCUCUCAAAACGUGAGCGAGGGCAUCAACGAGGAGCAUUAGACUCUUUACAACCCCUCUUGCGUGGAGAGGGACUAGAGGGAGAAUGAAUGCAUUGUCUUUUGACUGUCAGGACUCGUAAGAGCUCCGGAUUUGAAGCAGCGGACAGUCACACAGGCUUGCUCAUUCUAGGCUACGCACAUUGCGAAACGUCCAAGGAGUUAUUCUUGGAUGUGGAAUUCAGGCAGUGUGUGCUUGUGAAUGCUGGUAUGCAUUCCCAGCAAAAGCCAUAAGCACGAGACACUUCAGAUCACCAGCUUUCCACUGGUCUUUGCCAUCAUAUGGCAGCCAAUAGGUGGACAUCUUACUGUGCUUAUCUUCAUAUACAGGACGCAUCUUCUCAGAAGGAAGAAGCAUUUGCCUUAUUUUGACACUGUCAUGCUUCGUCCUUGUAAGGUGUCUUGCUGCUGAGGGCAAAAAACUAGAGCUGCAGUUACUAUGGAGUACAGGCGCUCACGAUGAACUGCCAAGAAUUUGACCUCAUUGAGCGCAUUGUAGUCAAGGAGUCUCCACGUAUCAUAGCCUUUAUGGGAUUGAGACAAGGAGCGGAGUUCCAGAAUGGUUUCUUGUUUCUGGCCUUUCCUAUGGCGCCUUCACCAUGCUUCGGCCAUCUGCAUCUACACAACUCAGCAAAUUUUUGUCUGCGUAGCCCACUUUACAGGCUUCGUACGGCCGCUCUCCUUGUCGAGGGCUGGCAGGACGUCAUCAGUUUCUGGAAAGCUCAGCUCUCAUGAGAGGUGCAUCCUAGUUGGAAUGUGUGGGGGCCUUGUUCAUAGCUUGGCUUGACGCGUUUGAGAUGACUGAAGACGCGACGGCCCACCGUACAAGACCGGCUUUGGAAUAGUAAGACUUAAGAAGUAUCCGCACUAUCGCCAGAAGAAAUAGCGACACUGCACAGUCUUCGUUAGCGGCUCCGGCAGCUUGAAGACCGCCAGAACAUCCAACUCUGUCCGUUUCGGACAUUUGUCCGAUAGCAUUCUGCCUGCCGGCACGCUGCACGGCGCCGCGAUCGCGUGCUGGUUUCAGCAGUUUGUUUUGACGACAUCGCCACUCUCUUUGAUUUCAAAUCCUCUAUUCAAUUUGAAUCGAAAGACCAUUUCGCAAAUAUAGAACGAUGAAUUCUUACGAGCAAUUUGAGUUCAAGAGGGACAUCAAAAGAGGACACAUUUCCGGUUUGAGGAAAGGCAACUUUUGCGCAUGCAGGUUUGUUUCCUGAACCAGUUUCCAUGUUCGGACGCAUGAGUCCUAAUGGGAUUUCGGAAUGUGGGCACUUGAUAAAUAAAGUUACGUCCCGUUUUGAAACUA